AUGGCGGCCUUCAGGUUGAGUUUUGCUUGCUCCAGCUCAAAGGUUAGGUUAUCUUUUGUAGGGGAAAUGAAUUACCUGAUUUAUCCUGAUAAAACGAUGUUGAAGUUGGUUAAGAGACAAAAAUUAAUUUAUGUCGAAAAACCUCAAUUUGCCACCUCCGGUGACUACUCCCAGCCACGUACUAGUUUUCCGAGGCACGUAUUUUUAGCUACUGUAACCUGUUGAUCCCUGUUGAAAGGAAAGUAUUUCUCAAAGGGGAAGGGAGCUCAAAAAAGAGUGGAUGCUUGUAUAAUUGAGUGAAUCACAUUCCUUUUAGCGGAAAAAGAUCAUGUAAUAAAUGAUAGUCUGCAACAUCCCCUCCGAUACAGGAAAGUCCAUGGGGGAGGGGAGGGCAGGGCAGGGGUUCUUCUUAUUUUUAUCACGUUAAUAUUUAAGUGUUUGUUUUAGGUAAAAGGAUAGGUGGGGGGGGGGGGGGGGGGUGAGGAAUAUGAGGCAUGAUGCAGGAAACGAUGGGUACAGGAAGUGGCGGAGAGGGGGGGGGGUCUGCUGUGUGAUCUUUGUUAUUUUUUCUUUGGAUGAUUUAGUGUGUGUAUUUAGGGCAAAAGGAGAAGGGGGGAGGGGGGAACAUAGUGCAGUUUUGCAGUUUAGUGCAGUUCUCCCAUCAAAAUGAAUUGGAACUCACACACCAAAAAAAUGUAUUGAAGGAAAUCAAAAAUUCAUUUUUCAAACUCAAUUGGACGAAAGAGUGUGAUUGAGUUUGGUCAUUGAACAAAGUGGAGCUCACAAAAGAAAUCAGGUAUGGAAUAAAAUUGAACGUUCGAAUUUCGAACUCUUGAUGGCAGGUACAUUAUUGAGAACUGCUUGUCCUAAGGGCAAGCUGGAAAUAAAAAUUCAAGUUUUUUUGCAAGCGCUGAACUGCAUCAAACUCUUUUGUUCAGAAAGGUUCAAUUGAAAUCAGUUGAGUUUGAUGGCAAUUUUAUUUGAUUUUGUUUUUUGUGGUAUGCCAUGCUUUAUGCAGAGCCCUCACUGAUAGGAGUCCUUUGACUGUAAAGGGUUACCCUGUUAAAAUGUCAAGUAACUUGCAUGGCAAGCAUUUCUGCUUAAGUUAAUAAGCUAAAGCUGGAGCAAGAGCAAGAAAAUAUUUUUGUGCAAUAACUCGAGCAGAAACGCUUGCUACAAAGGCUACAAUGUUGGUUAAAAUUAUUAAAAAAGGGAAAUGUGUCUUCCUCUAAAAUGGGGAGCUUUAGAGUGGAUUUACUAUACUCAUUGCAAUUAUGUCCACAGGUGUGGAAUCUUCCAACUCUCAUCAGAGCACAUGAUUCCAUGAUCACAUCCAUUUUACUCAUACAAAGGAGACCUAAGAUGAGCAAAUCAUCACCUUUCCCUAAAAGAAACAACCCAAUGAAAAAGCAACGUGAAGAUGUCAGGAAAUCAAUGCCUGGAAUAUCCAAAAUGAACAAGGAGAAAGCAAUGGACCGACCUUUCUUUAUUGAUAGUCCAGGUAUCUGUUUGUAUAGUGACAUGUUCAGCAGGUUUUACAUACUACGACAUAAAUAAGUUUUACAGUCAAACCAAGUCAAGCGUACCCCCCAAGAUUCUAUUAAUGAACUGAUUAUUUGAAAAAUGAAUCUGUUAGUCGUUCCCGUAACUGCGUAAUGAGCAGUGAAUAUUUUACGAGAACUUCUCUGUAUUUGAUCAGAUUGGAAAUCUUUGAAUGGAUUAAGCUUCUUAGAAGACAUUUACAUCAAUUUCAGGAAAAUGGAGCUGGUAGAAAUUUCAUAACUGCCUCGCGUGUGAAUUCACGGCUCAUUACACAUGCAAGAAUGCAGAGAUCAAUCUGAAAUCUACAACUAGCAACGGAUUCAACUUUUGAAUAAUAAAUUAAUUAAUGUAUUCCUGGGGGGUACGCUUGACCUGGUUUGACUGUAAAUAAUCAGGGUUUUGUGGUAAGAUCAGAGGACAACAAGGUCACGAGGGUUGAAUUUUGAAUUAUAAAAUGAAUGCCUUCCAACACAACUGAGAGUCCAAAUGUGUCACUAGUUGUAAAUCUAUAAGCUCUGAUUUCUUUAAUGAUUUGGUAGCAUACUUAUUCAUCCCACCUUAGCAAUAAUAUUGUAAGUGGUCCUCUGUUGAUUUUCAGGAAUGAUCUUUAGUGAUUACCUUCCUGUAAGAAGAUUCUUCAUCUUAACAUCAUCGGUAAGUAGAUACACAAACCCUUUGCACACUUCACAUUCCAGAAAUAUUCCUGGUGUUAAAGGUUUUGUAGUCCAAAAGUGACUAUUAGCACACAGCAUUAGAUAUAAUAAAGCAAAAAAAAUGAUGGUUGCAUUGAAAGCCAGCUCUGUGAAGUGAAAUUUGUAGUGUUUUAAGAUUGGUGUGAUUGAAUUUACUUGAUUGUAUUAUUUUGUUGUAGGGUAUAAAGGAGAGGUGGAAUGCUUUCAAAAAUGGUUUAUGGACUAUUUAUAGGUAUUAUACAAAAUUACUUUAAUGGCAUUCUGCACUUAUUAGACAUCAAUAGAAAAAGAAGAAACAAAAUAAGCAACAAAUCAUGGAGAAUAUUGGAUAUGGCCUGUUUUAUGUAAAACAUACAGCCUCUUUUAAUUGUGGAAAUUUAGUCUGUAGUCACGAGGAUUCUUUGACACCAGGACCGGGUUGUUCAAAGUUAGAUUAAGAGAAUCCAGGGUUAGUGUGAAAUUUGAAUUCAGAUAUGAAAGAGUAAAUCUCACAAGAAUGGAGAAAAUUAUCCUAGAAAAUGCUUUUGAACAAAAGAAAAAGAAACCCAGAUUGAAAUUUAACCCUGGGUUAACGCUAAUCGUCCUUUGAACAACUGAGCCUGGAUUAGUAACCACAGUGAAAAGGGAAGUGAAUGAUUAACAACACAUCUUAAUUUUAUUUCCACUUUCUUUUUCUUUGACUUAUUUUAUGAUUAUAUUUUAGCCUUGUUCAUGUCAGAAAGCAUUGUAAGCCAUUCAAGUUGAAAGAAUUUGCUAAUGAGGCUCAGGAAAUUUACAUUGAUGUGAACAAAGCUCUUAUCAGGUAAGUGGAAUGACUGUUGACAUCAGUGUGUGUUUUUAACCCUUUGAAUCCUGAUAUAAACAUUUUUCCUCCACCUUGACUUAGUUUUCCAUUUCCCAAAGUAUUGAUGAAGAGAAUUUCUUUAACAACCAAGACCCUUUCUAACUCACCAUCCUUCUGUAUUUAUUUACAGUCAAGACCCUUAACAUUUAUGGAUCAUUCCUCUUUUUCCUGCAAACGUUGUGUUUUAUUGCAUAGUGUCACUUUAGAGGAAAAUAUUGUUUUUGGUGUUUGUUUUUUGAGUCAACCAGUUAGGUGAAUCAUUGGACACUUCAAAAAAUAAUUAAAUAUAAUAACAAGAGUCUCAACAGUUUCACUUCCUUUAGCCUUAAUAAUCCACAAACCCAGGCACAUACAAGGAUUGUUUGAAGUAACAAAAAAAGUACUUGCUUUAAAAAACUAAGUUUUAACAUAGGGUUGCUUGGAUAGAAAGGGUGGGGAACCAAGUUCUUGCGCCCUAGAUAGCUACCUUUGUGCUAUUAACAAUUAAUGUGGACAUAAUUCCUUUUUGCAGUAAAGAUAAACAAAAACUUCAAGAUAAUGCAACAAGUUCAGUAUACUUGGUAAGCCAAACAAUGUACCGUAUUAACAUUUUCAUGGUUUGGCCUUCACUUUUCAACUUUCUCUUUUCGCAAAGUAGAGACUGAAAAAACACUUAAUUAAGGGAAGAAAAAAGAAUAUUAAAUUUACUAUUGUUCAGGAUUUUAUCCUAAAACUCAAGAGUGAAACAGGUGAAUAGUGAACCUUUCUUAUAUUAAGUUUUGUGUAAAAAGACUGUGGUUAAGCAUGACUUUCAUCCCAAACUAGCUUAAUAUUUUUAUCCUAGAAUUUUAAUUUCUCAAACCUCCUGAUUAUUCAAACAAAAACCUGAAGCCCUUUCCCUAGUCAAACACUUUAAAUAUUACACCUGAUAUAUUGCCAGAACAUCCUAAUAUUUAACAGAUUUUCUUUUCCCUUGCCUACAUGGUAGACAUAAUAGAAGCCCGGUCAGUAACUUCUGCAAAGGAACCCUGAGAUCCUUGUACUGGGCUCCCAAUGGACGCAACAAAUUAUCGGAAGUGCGUUUGGAAUUCUUUUCAACCUGAUCAUGAUUGGCAAAUCGACAAUAGUUUUUUUUAACAGGUUAAUCAUGGGGCGUUCUCAUAUCCAGGUACACAGGUGUGGGCCCAGAACAAGGACUCAAGCACUGUUUCAGAGAAAGACUGGUGCAGGCUGCUUUUCCCCAGACAGUUCAAACAAGUGGGAUUGCACUCUUUUUUGUCUGCAGCUUAUGAACAACAAAUUUGUUGUUUUUGUUUUCUCAGUCACUUAGGAAUCUGUACUUUUCUCCAGACAAAAAUCUUCACUGGCGAUACGUGUCAACUGUAACAAGGCCCAAGGUAGUACAUGUUCGAGCGAACCCUGUGGAGACUAAGACAAAUUUGUUUGCUCAAAUAACAGUCAGAAUCCAUUCAAAACAGGUAAGAAGACAAUAAUUUAUUAACAAAUAAUUUCACAGGCACAUGUGGUAGAUUGUUGGGCUUUUAAAAAAGAUAAUCAAUCAGUUUCUUCCAGCCCCCUUACACUUGACCUAGACACACCUAACACUACACUCGUCUCUGGUGAAACCACCGGACACCAACGUUCAUAAUAUGUUGAGUUUGAUAACACAGUAAAAAUGUCUACGAAGAGCCAUUAAAACAUUGCACAACGCACAGAAAACAGGAAGAAAAUAUCACAAAGACAUCUCUUAAAAGUAACAGUUGGCUGUCUUGCAGACCCCAAUAUAAUGAGUUCUCUACCCACGUUUUGAAUGACAAGUCUGGCUGCAACUCAGGCUGAAGUAACAGUUUCUAUUUUUCCUUAAAGGUUAUGGCAAUUAAAGAUAAGCAUGGACGGCAUAUAAAAGGAAGCGAUAAAGAGGUCAGAGAAGUUGUUGACUAUGUAGUGUUUGAGCGGCACCUGACCAAUAAAUAUGGCAAGUGGAGAGUUUGCGGAAAGCUUUUCCCACAAUUACCAAGGAAACAGAACACUAUGCAACCACAGCUUUCAGCUGGCAAGGAUGUUCCAUCAGUAUGAAGAGAAAACAUCCUAUCUAGGAUCUCCCUCACUUACUCUGGAAAGAAGUGAAGGGGAGAGACUUUGGGAAUAAUAUUGUAGCUUUCAUCUGCAAAGCCACUUUGUAACUUAAAUUUUGAUAAGAAAAUAAACAUCUCUAACUGAAUGUUUUGUACAGUAGCUUAUUUGUGAAGAAUCCCAUUUAAACUUUAUUUUUCCUGUACUUUACCAGACCAAAGUGGCAACCACCUAAGAGUUUAGCAAACCUGAGAAAAGUUAGAUUUCAGCUCUAAAUUUACACGUUCUUGAAACCAAAGUCUCCUCUCUGAGAUGUUGUUGAAACAAAAUCAGGUUUUGCAAUCCCUUUGUAACAUAAAACAUUCCAGCUGCUUCUAUCCUGUGAACAGUCUUCCACAAUCUUGCUAGACAAGUCCAGAAGAGGAAAGAACUUUGCCUCCUCGUCCUAAUUUAUCUUGGAAAGAUCGAAGCAACUCUGCUAGCAGGGUAAGCUGCUCCAGGAUAAAAAUAAAGUAGUCAGAGGUUGGCUUUCCAAAUUAAUAAAAUGAUGCAGUAAAUAACCAC